AUGGGGAUCCCCAACCUUCUCCGCUUCCUGAAGCCGUUCAUCAAGCCUGUGCACAUCAAGAAGUACGCCGGCAAACGGGUCGGCAUCGAUGCGUACUCCUGGCUUCACAAAGGAGCCUAUUCUUGCAGUAUGGAGUUAUGUAUGGACCCUAAAAGCGCCGCAGCCAGGCGAUACAUCAGCUACUUCAUGCACCACAUCAACCUCCUGCGGCAUUACAAGGUUAUUCCCGUCGUCGUCUUUGACGGGGGCAGCAUGCCUUGCAAGGCGGCCACUGAUAACGAGCGGCAGAGGAAGAGGGAACUCAGUUUAAACAUGGCGAAAGAAAAGCUUGAGCAAGGAAAUACAGCUGCUGCCAUCGACUUUUUCCGGAAAGCUGUGCACAUUACUCCAUUGAUGGCUUAUCAUCUAGUUCAGAUUUUACGGUCAGAAAAUGUAGAAUUUGUGGUUGCUCCAUAUGAAGCUGAUGCACAGUUGGCAUAUCUAACUACUAUUGAUGCUGAUCAAGGGGGCAUAUCUGCCGUAGUUACAGAAGAUAGCGACUUGAUAGCCUAUUGUUGCCCAGCUAUUAUAUUUAAAAUGGAUCGGUUUGGGAAUGGUGAAGAAUUCACAAUGGAGAGAACUCUUAAGACAGAGAAAGAUCGUCUUUCCUUCCAGGAUUUUGAUAAAAAACUUUUUACAGGCAUGUGUGUUCUUGCUGGAUGUGACUUUCUUCCCUCAAUUUCGGGCAUUGGUACAAAAAGAGCAUAUUCUCUCAUCUCAAAAUACAAAGACAUAAAUCGUGUCAUAUCAAACUUAAAGCUUGACAAGCGGUACUCUGUUCCAGAUGAUUAUGCUGAUUCCUUGUGGAAAACUCUUGUGGUGUUUGAUCAUGCUAGAAUAUAUGAUGUCAAAAGCAAGUCACUUAAACAUUUGAAACCUUUGGAUGAUCAGUGUAUUUCUUACUUGGAUGGUGAUUUGGAUAUUCUUGGACCAUCAUUAUCACCAUCAAUUGCAAGAGGGAUUGCAGAGGGCCGUUUGAAUCCUGUUACCAUGGAAGCGUUUGAUCAGUACUCCAGAACCAUUAAUCCUAUUGAGUUUAUUGAUACCUCGGCAUUUGACGAUGCUAAUCAGUGUGGUUCUCAGGAAGUUUUGACACAAAGUUGUAUUACAAUUGUUUCAUCCGAGGAAUGCAAAGAAAAUAUGAUAGUCAAUGAGAUUUCUAGUGGAAAGAAGUGCAAAAAAGGUGUUCUGGCCCUAGGCAAAUUUCUUGUGCAGAAGCAGCCCCUUCGAGUGGAAGAUAACGAAGUAGGGCCAGGAAACAUCCCUGAAAACAACCCAUUCAAAAAGAGGAAAUUGCCCACCAAUCAAGUUCAAGAAAUGGAUCCAACUGAGUUACUAAUUGAUCUGCAGAAUGAAGAAUCAUACUUGCCUUGCUCAUCAUUGUCACAAGAGAGCAGCCACACAAUCAAUAGUACUAAAUUAUUGAGUAUAGGCCAAGAUUACAACAAUGGACAAAAUCUGUUGAUGAAUGAAGUACCGGUUGCAAUUUGCUCAUCAUUGACACGGCAUAGUGCGAAAUCAAUGCCAAAGAAGAUAGCUUCCACGAGGCAAAAAAUUCUGAACAAGUCCAAUGACAAGACAAACAAAAAGUUGCUCAGGAAUGAAUAG